CAGUAAUGUACAUGACGGUUGCCCUUUUGUGUGCGAGCGAUAAGAUUUGUUGGAUGUUUUUCAUACGAAGCAAAAUAAAUUACAAUUUUAUUAUCGCACAUAUUUAGUUUACUAAAAUCAUUGACCAAACAAAGUAUAAAACAUGGUAAUUUACUGUUUUUUUUAUUCUUGUCUGAAAAGUUUUUGAACCGUAAUACUAAACAAAAUAAAAUCAAUCUAAAUGCUUGAGAUUAAAAAAUAAAUUUUAUUAAUGUUAUUCAUAAUUUAAUCGUACAGCAAUGUUUCGCUUGCUGCUGUACGCACUCGACGAUCAGGUUUUGUUCGGUGUACAGUGCGCUACCGUGAGAUGAAAAGAAAUCAUACGAGUGAGAGCGAGUAAGAGAAUACCGCUCUGCUCCCACUCGCUCACACUCACGCUCACUUACGAUUUGUUGUUGUGCGUUCUCACUUGCACACACACGGCCGAUCAGUGCGAGCGUCUUAUCUCGUCCGGUGUGUAGUGCAGCAGAACAAGAGAGGAGCGACGUUGCCAGUUCUAUCGUUAUUUAUUUUUUAUCUCUCUGUCUCCCACACACACACACACUCACACAAAAAACACCACCGUCGUGCAGGCUCCGCUUGCGUUUUUUUUAGUUCUUGCUUGCGUGUGAGUGUUCCUUCUUUUGCUGUGUGUGCGAUCGCAACGAGCAAGUGAACAGCGCACUGAAUGCAGCAAGCAAAGCAGCAGGACCGCAUUUGUAUAGGAGUUGCACAGCGCGUCGGACGCACUACCCGGAGAGACCAGCGCACCUACCUGGGCUGCUAAGAAAGGGACUCGGCAUACACAUUUGCUCGCAUUUUGGACGCCAUCACCAACGUUACUGCGUGUGUUCCGUGGCCACAGUGCCAAACGAGUGUAAAGUGUGUGUGUGUUGCGUAGCCUGCAGAGCCUAAUCUUGUGCCGUGGCAGUACCGUUUUCGAAACGUUUUCUACCAGAAGAUUGUGCGAAACGAACCAAAACGACUAAGAACGAUCGAAUAUCGAACGAAAAAUUUAAGUGUGCCUUUUUGUUUUGUGUGUCUUCCUGAGAGUUCUAAAGUCUGGUACCGAUAUCAGAUAAGUGUAUGCAGUUGCUGCAGGAAUAAAAACAAAGUAAGUGAGACAAAAAUCUGACCCUUCGACACCUUUCCCCACGAGAAAGGGUUAAUCGUGUGCAUUGCGUCAGUGUGAUAUUGUGCAAGUGCAAGUGAGCCCGCCCGAACCGGCCCACUAAUAAACAUCAAUUGAGGGUGCAACAGCCGACUUGUUGCAAGUGCAAUCAACAAUUGACAGCAAUUGAAAGUGGCUUGCAGCGCGCAUCCUCCAGCGUGGAUAAGCCAACGUGCCGACAGUGACGACCCGAUACCGAUGAAGAUGCCAUUUAUGUCGAUCUUUCUCGAGAGUCCUGAUUGAUAAGAGUUUGAAAGGAGAAGAGUGAAAGAGGAGAAGAGUUCUGUUUGUAACUGUGCCACUGUACUGAACAGCACAUCACCUGUGCCGGAGGUGAAAUAUUCUGUCUAAAUCUCGACUAACUACUGCCAAUCACCGUGGCCAAAGUGUUACAAGUGUUCACGUAACGAUUAAGUGAUUUGAGGUAGACCAAAGACAAGGAAAAUAUAAGAAAAAACGAAACAAAACAACUCAACCCAAGAAAGUGCUAGUGACUCCGUGUUGGUGUGCGUGUAGUUCGUAAUGGCCAAACCGUUUAUGCUGCCUGAAUCCGGCCCAGGCGGAGGAUCAUCUUCGUCUGGUGCGGGUCCUCCCACAAAUGCACCAUCCAACUCCAGCACCGGUGCUGGCAGCACGGCGCCCAACACUCCGGCACCGAUCGGCACUGGCAGUGCCGCCAGUGUCAAUGGUUCAGGUGCUCCCGGGCAUAUACCGUCGGCACCAAUCCCCGUGGCCGGUACUAAUUCGUCCCAGCAGUAUCAUCUGCAGCAGCUGCACCAUCAUCACCAGCAGCUGCAGCAGCACUACCAAUCCUACCAAGGAUGGCAUGGGGCACUGCUGACCGUGCCCGGGUCAUCGGUCAUCGGUGGCAGUCUGCCGGUCGAAUCGCAUCUGAUGAUGCCAAUGACUCCGCCGGCCAGUGGAUUUGCUACGGCCGUUCAGACACCUCAGAUGGCACCGGUCAAUGAGCAGUUGGUGCAGGCCCUGUACGAGGCCAUCCAUCGCUGUUCACUGGGAGAUGGUCCUCCAACGCCUCUGUCCCAGUCACCCCCGAGCGCUUCCUGCAGUCCGUUCGCUAACGGAGGCUACUACGGUUCGGGGCAAGUGUUCUUCCCAAGGACGCCCGCGCACACCAACGGUGGACGCAAUGGUGCACGUGUGUUCUUCCAGCAGACACCCACUCUUCCGUACACACAGAUGCCCCCGUCACAGCCUACACCCGGUUCAGCAACAAGCCAUUCCAGUAGCAGCGGUAUUAGCAGCUCCCUCGACACACCAUCGUGUUCAUCCGGUACACCGCACUAUCACCAAGGUCACCAACUUCAACCGAUCCAGUUCAACUGGCAGGAUGAUGGUGACUCGAGCGAAUCGGAAGGAUCCACGUCACAGGCAACCUCCUCGUCCGGGUGUAGUCCGCACUGUUUGGGGAUGGAUGGUGGAGCGAGCAGUUCAUUCGGCAGCAUCCCAUCAUCGUCUACCCUCAUCAGUCCGUCCUCGUCCGGUGGGACACUGUACGCUGCCGUACCGCCCCAUCUCGACUAUAUGGCGGGCCGCGAACAGUUGCAGGAGUUCCCAGGCAAGAUACCGCAGCGCAAACGGAAACCACGCACACCAAAGCCGAAGAAAGCGCGACUCAUGGAGCAACCUUUAAUGUGGCAAGUGGCUUUUACCGCGGCGGCACUGAUCGUACUCGGAUGCGGAUAUCUUGCGGCACGGUGAACCGGAUUCAAAUGAUACCACCUUACCAUCGAACGAUUCUCCCAGCGUUUGUCCCAAAAAAAAAAAAAAAAACAUUGUUCAUAGAGCAAUGGGGACCCAACCGCGGAAGUACCAUAAAGCAUCCCAUCAUCAAUCUGCUGGAAUAUGUACGAAAAUUUGCGGAAAAAAACACCAUCAUCAACACAGCUGUUAGUGUUUCGAACCAGUUUGUUUUUUUUUCUUUAUAAAUGCUUAGUUAUAAUGAAAUAAGAAAUGCAUCUUGCAUUGAGAUAAAGCGUCGAUAGACAAGGAAAGCGUUCGGUUAAGAAACUCACACAAAUUAGGAACAACGUGAUAAAAAGACAUAAAAUAGUUAACUUUAUUCGAGCGCGAAUUGUAGAAGCAAAGGAUAUAUAGGAAACGGAAAGCAGAAACAACAAGCAAAAACACUCAUAUUGGUCUCAACUUGCAAAACGUGCAAGUAAUUUAACCAAAUAGCGUUAGGAAAUAUAGCGUUUCUCUCCUUUUUCCCCGGUUUGGGGGCUGCCGCUGUGUAUGUCUGUUACACGUUGUUUUUGGUGUGCCUUUUCACCAUCAUUGCUAGGUCGGAAGUUGUUGCAACUGACACUAAAGUAAAGAGAAUUGAUCAUUGGAAAGCGUCAAAAAGGGGACGUCUUCAAAACGGAAAAGAAAAAAAAAUUUGGCCAAUAUACUCCGAUACUCUCAGUCUCUUCAUCCCGUCUCUACAGCGUAGCGACGUUCGAUCGUUCGGAAAAUUUAAAUGUUGCAUUUUUUGCUGUCCGCAUUUGAAGCGCAUCCCGCUUCGGAAGAGAAAACUUACCAACUUAAUUUACAUUCUGCUUACCAUGUAGUGUUUAACUGAUUUCAAUUCUGGGACUAGUGCAUAGUGCAACAUAAGUAAGGUGGCGGUAACCUGACGAGGGAUACGUAGCGUAAUAUGUGUAGUUUAACCGUUCGUUUGUAAGCUUAGCAGUAUUACAGACCGACAGACAGACGAACCUGUGCCGUUUGAUAUCUCAGAUUUCAGCGUUGCAUUUCAUACACAGGUGUGUAGCACAUCACACCGUUGUGUUGCAGUUGUGCAUUUGCGUUGCAUUGCCGUUCGUCAAUGAAUUUAUUUUAAACACAGCAUUGCAGUAGCUUGUUUUUUUUACAUUACGUUGGAUCUCUUUGUUUGUACUUGUUUAAAACGUUUUUUUCUCAGAACCAUAAUGGUUCAUUAAAGUGAAACAAAUAUCUCCCCGCUUCUGCCAUUUUGAAAGCCUUCCCGUGGGUGGUCGUUUCGCUGUUGGCUUAAACACACCGGAUGACUUUUUCUUGCAUCUCAUAUUUUAUUUUAGUAUACAUUUUUUUAUUUUAUUAAAAAAAAUUUUGAUCUUCCAAAACGUAUCCCUAAAGUUUAAAGUUAAAAUAUUGAUUUUUACUGGAAAAAAUAAGUUCAUUCGUACCAUUUUACGGAAGAACAUUAUAUGAUCAAAUAUUUUGUUUGAAGGUACAUAAAAUGGAAAACAAUUGCGAUGGCAUCUUCAUAGAUGUUAGUUCGUUUAUUUUAACUUAAACUAAAUGAAAACAAGCGCUAGUGACUCAGAAAGCAUUUGCCAUAGUGACGAACGGAAUGGAUCGAAAUCGAAAAAAGCGAUUAGUUUUUACCAACAGAUCGUUGCUUCUCGUAUAAGCGAGAGCGCUUUUGUCAUAUCCCUCGAAAUGUCCUCGAAAUGUAAAUCCAGAUAAUCGUCCCACUGACGGUGAUGAUAAAACGUGAAGGAACAGUGCCAACGUGUCCCGGACGGAGAAUAGUGUAGCAAAGAUGGAUGUGAAUGCAGCAAAAGAAAAAUCAACAAUUAGUCUAAUUUUGUUACUACUAAGAGAACCUUCAAAACGAAACAAAAAGCGAUAUGCUGUAGCUCACAUGAUGACGUGCCUUCGGAAAGGCUGUCCAGUGCUUAUUGUUACGACUAAGAUCUCUAAGCUUAAGCGUGGCGUGAAAGACAGUGAGCGAUAAUAGCUAAAAGUGUAGCUCGGUGUUUAGUUCAAUACGUUACGAAAGUAGACAAGAACGUAAUAAUAGUUUAUAAAGAAACACGCGGAAUAUAAGGAAAAGCCCACAGCGCAAAAGCUUUAGGAAAGGGUAAUAGAAAUGUGCAGUUUACAGUGCGAUGCAGCUAAAACAUCGCACAUACACACAACCGCUGUGAAUGUCCGUGAGCAGGAACGAAGAGAAAAAAAAAUGAGAAGAUGAACCAAUCCUAGAAUCCAAAUAUUCACGAAAAAGAAAUUGUCACUGUGUUAGGUGCCCAAAGAUUUUAACUUUUGUUUCGCUUAUACUUUUGCUAUAAUUGUUUUGUUUUGCUAGUGUUUCCAUCUUCCCUCGUGUUUGCACUUAGCUGUCGAAUACAGUAUUUGCUAGCUUUCUGUUUUUUUUUUAAUUUUUGUUUUUUUACUUUACUUGCAAGUUUCAUUCUUACCCUACUACCUGCUACUAAAGCAUGCAAUAGACGAAGAAAAAUAGCAACUAAAGAUUUAUGUUAACAUGGGCGGAAAGCAAAGACAAGAUUUGAUCUCAGUAUCGGUACUCGAUGGAGUUUGUUUUACUAGCGCUUUGGAGCUCGGUUAGGGUUUUUUUUUAAAUAUGAUUUUGGAACAGUUUAGCUACCACUCACGGUAGCGAAAUCAUCACAAAAACGCAAAACGCAUAACGCAUAGUAUAAUGACAGUGAAAUUCAUGUCGAGAAGCAAACGGGCCACAACAAAACGAAUGCCUGAGGCAGACGGUUCUGUUCCAAACGGAACCGUUUUUGAUGAUUAUUUAAUAAUUUGCCUCUAAGGAGAAUAUGUUUCCUUUGCAUUACACCAACAUGUGCCUAACUCAAGAAUUGCACAAGGUAGACGAAGAAGAAAAAAUCUGCACGCCUGUACAAUUAAAAGUAGAUAAAUUUUUAACUUUUUGGUUUUUUUUAACAAAAGAAAAACCUGCACAAGAAACACAACAAGAAAGAAGGAAUCUUUCUUUUAUUAGAUGAAAAUAAAUAGCUAAAAAAGAAUACAAUUCGAAGACAGAACAUAUUUCGGAACUUAUUCUUUAAAUUCAGCUUAGGAUACGGGGACCGAUACGGCCUACGAACUGGGAAAGAGAGUGAAAGCGAGCGAAAGAGAGAGAGAGAAACAGCUAGAAAAGGAGAUGAUUUUCGUUCGUUUUAAUGUUUCAAUCUUUUUACGUUGUGCUUUUGGCGUACAGACAGGGCUGUGAUGUAGAUUUUUGAUCUCAUUUUAUUAUUUUUGUUGGCAAGAAGAAAGAGCACAAGAGGGGAUCAUGAAGCGAGUAACGACGGUCGCAAAAUGAUCCCUGCAAAAGGGGGUGACAAAGCAAAAUUUCCAUCGUGUCAGGUUUCUCGCGAAGUAAAAGAAGAAGAAAAAAAGGGUUAUCAGUUUAGAGAAACAAAACCAACAGAUACACUAGCAAAUAAUCGCGCAUCCAAUUGCAAGGGACGGUUGAAAUGGAGGCGCUAGAUUAGUCCUCGAGAAAUGGUUUGUUUGCGUGCAGCGUUACCGUUGCGAGGCGUAUGCCAUUUUUUGUAAACUUUUUUUUCUUCUUUGUUUUAUUUGUUUGUUUUUAAGACAUUUAAUUGUAGAUCAUGUCUAGAGCGCAUCGAUCCGUGCCGAAUAGUGCAUUUUUUAAAUAGAUAAUCAAAAUACCCAAUGAGGUAGAGCAACACUCCGGAACGAUCGUUUCGUCCAUUAUUGGCAAACGAUCGUCAAAUAAAGCCCGAGGAAUCAUAUACGAUUCCCGGUAGAACAUUACAUAGUGGUAGAAACGUAAAAUUUAUUUUAAACGUUGGAAACUGUAUCUUUCUUGUAUGAUCGUAAAUAAAACAUGAUGUAAUGAAAAGAAAA